AUAUUAGAAUAGUUCUGUUAAUAUUCACUAAGUGAUCAGUAAUGUAAUAGAUAUAAGUAGAAUUUAUGUAGAAUUGUGUAAUGCUCUAUACAGCCUGAAGGGGGCGGAACAGUCCUGUUGUUUUGCUUCGCCCAGGAAGUGACGUCGCCACAUUCCAUCCUCGAGCCUGAAUGCACCUGCUGGGUGAGCGAGCGCAGCGCGAGGACAGAGCGCGAGCACAAGAGCGCGAGCUCAGAGCGGCGCGAGGAACUCUGAGAGGAUUUUACAAAGUUCAUUUAUUUAUUUUAUCCUCAUGUUUCAUUAUAAAGUUUGUUAAUAAUAAUAUAUUAACUUUAAUAAUCGGAGUGUGGAAUUUAAUUAUUUUUGUUGUGUGAUCGGGAGAUUAAAAACCGACAUGAAUCCACCGAGCAGCUCAGCGAUGACGUCACUGAUAGUGAUUUUACUCCUGUCAGGAUCAGUGUACGGACUACAGAUUUCCUCCUCAGGACAAUCGUCAGUGGAGAAAGCGAGUGGUGAGAGUGUGACGUUGGAGUGUGGGUUCACUUUAGCACCAGAGGAUGCCGGACCACUCGACAUUGAGUGGACGCUACAGCCUUCUGACAACCAGAGGGAGGAGAAAGUGAUAAUCCUGUACUCUGGGGAUCGAGCAUACGAGGAUUAUUAUCCCCCAAUGAAGGGCCGGGUGCACUUUAACUCCCCUGACCCAAAAAACGGAGACGCCUCCAUCACACUUAUUGGCCUAAAGGCAUCUGACACCGGCACGUACCAGUGUAAAGUAAAGAAGGUUCCAGGACUGGGCAGCAAGAAGAUCCUGCUCACUGUCAUGGUGAGGCCAUCAAAGCCCCGCUGUACAAUUGAAGGGACUCAAUACGUUGGGAACGAGGUGACACUGAGGUGUAAAUCCACUGAUGGAACCAGUCCACUUCAGUACAGCUGGGAAAAAACUACUGGAAACAAACUGCUCCCAGCUAAUGCUGCACUAGAUCCGGCUGCUGGUACGGUAAAGAUAAAAAAUGCAACAGCUGUGGUAUCAGGAUCUUACCGCUGCACUGCUACCAAUCGAGUUGGAGCCGAGCAGUGCAUGUUAGAGCUCAGCAUCACCCAGCCCCCGAACACGGCCGGCGUGAUUGCAGGAUCAAUAAUUGGGGUUUUGCUGUUCCUGCUCCUCCUGGCACUACUCCUGUUCUGCUGCUUCCGUAACCGCCAACGAAAAAAGUAUGAGAAAGAGAUCAGCUAUGAAAUCAGAGAGGACGUUCCUGCUCCAAAGAGCCGAGUCUCUACAGCUCGUAGUUUUACCAGUGUUGGAAGCCAGCGCUCGUCUCUUGGAUCCAUGUCGCCCUCAAACUUGAACGAGUACAAGAACCAUUACAAUAAGAUUGCCUCAGAGGAGUAUGACCCUCCACCCAGCCACGCCCCUGUUCCCUUGCCAGGCCAUACUCCAGUCCCCCCAGCCAGCAGGAUGGCCGGGCCCAAUCUCAGCCGCAUGGGGGCAGUGCCAGUCAUGACUUCAGCCCAAAACAGGGACGGAUCCAUCGUGUAGCGUGUAAAGGCAAUCGGGAGGUGAUGGGGUCUAGUGGAGUGAUGAGAACGGUGGAUAGAAACCUUUCAACUGAGCCUCUCUGAACUCUUGUGCUUUUAUUCAGAACUUUAGCAAUUAAAAAUAAUGAAAAUGAUUCGGUGUAAAAGUGAUCAGCAUAAUUCUGCUCUGUACAUAAACAAACUUUUUUUCAAUGAAUUCUGGGUAGUGAGAUGGGGGCAUUUGGGUUAGGAGGGCCAGCUAAUCAGCCUAAAUGACCCGGAACACCACGGUAUUUAGUAGCUGAAUGAUUGUAGAAAAAUGUGUCUGAACACGUAGUGCAGCAGUGAUGUUUGCUCAGAGGUUCAGGUACUGGACUGUUGAGUGGAAGUGUUAGGGUGUAAACACUGCACACUGUCACUGUUACACCCUGAAGAUAGACUCCCAGAUGGAGGAUUAGAUUCGGCUCUGAGCGAGCCUGGCACCGAGACCUUUUUGUCUUGGAGAUGAAGGAUUUGUGUUUGUUGAGGAAAUGAAGUUCGUAUUUUAUGUAUUAAUGCACAUAAUAAUUCCUUUCCUUCAUGGUGUCGACCUGACUAAUGUGUGUCGUCUAUGUUAAAUAACAUUAUUAAAUGCUGAUAUUAACUGUU